AUGCCAUCUUACAACACGCAAAGCCAAGCCACCUUACAAAGCCAAGCCAAGCCACCUUACAAAGCCAAGCCUAGCCACCUUACAACACGCAAAGCCAUGCCACCUUACAACACACAAAGCCAAGCCACCUUACAAAGCCAAGCCAAGCCACCUUACAACGCGCAAAGCCAAGCCACCUUCCAAGCCACCUUACAACACGCAAAUCCAAGCCACCUUACAAAGCCAAGCCAAGCCACCUUACAACACGCAAAGCCAAGCCACCUUACAACACGCAAAGCCAAGCCACCUUACAACACGCAGCCACCUUACAAGCCAAACCUUACAACACGCAAAGGCAAGCCACCUUACAACACGCAAAGCCAAGCCACCUUACAACAUGCAAAGCCAAGCCACCUUAUAACACGCAAAGCCAAGCCACCUUACAACACGCAAAGCCAAGCCACCUUACAACACGCAAAGCCAAGCCACCUUACAACACGCAAAGCCAAGCCACCUUACAACACGCAAAGCCAAGCCACCUUACAACACGCAAAGCCAAGCCACCUUACAACACGCAAACCAAGCCACCUUACAACACGCAAAGCCAAGCCACCUUACAACACGCAAAGCCAAGCCACCUUACAACACGCAAAGCCAAACCACCUUACAACACGCAAACCCAAGCCACCUUACAACACGCAAAGCCAAGCCACCUUACAACACGCAAAGCCAAACCACCUUACAACACGCAAAGCCAAGCCACCUUACAACACGCAAAGCCAAGCCACCUUACAACACGCUAAGCCAAGCCACCUUACAACACGCAAAGCCAAGCCACCUUACAACACGCAAAGCCAAGCCACCUUACAACAUGCAAAGCCAAGCCACCUUAUAACACGCAAAGCCAAGCCACCUUACAACACGCAAAGCCACCUUACAACACGCAAAGCCACCUUACAACAAGCCAAGCCAAGCCACCUUACAACACGCCAAGCCAAGCCACCUUACAACAGCCAAGCCACCUUACACAAGCCACCCACAACAGCCAAGCCACCUUACAACACGCAAAGCCAAGCCACCUUACAACACGCAAAGCCAAGCCACCUUACAACACGCAAAGCCAAGCCACCUUGUAACACGCAAAGCCAAGCCACCUUACAACACGCAAAGCCAAGCCACCUUACAACACGCAAAGCCAAGCCACCUUACAACACGCAAAGCCAAGCCACCUUACAAAGCCAAGCCAAGCCACCUUACAACACACAAAGCCAAGCCACCUUGUAA